AUGGUUUUUCUUGUGAAGAAACAGAAGCUGCAUGGUAGAGAAUUGGCUACGAACAAUUCUCGGGUAAGGGACUAUGUGGUAACUGAUAGGAACCAAUUGCACUUGGUCCUUGGGCUUUCGGACCUCCAGGUUAUUACUGUUAGGAGUUUGAGUUGCAUGUUGAGGGGAGUAGGAAUGUCGGAUAUGUAUGUGAAGCAGCAGAUUGCUAAGAAAGGUAAUGGGUCUGUUGAUGUCAAAGAUCGGGAAUCAUCAGAUGGUGAAGAGCUUGAAGAUCAAAUCCUGAUAUCAAAGGAAGAUGCCAGCAUUGCUGGAAUGUUCGGGAGGAAGUUGAGUAUCCUUUUAGCUGGAGAGUGGAAUCAAGUCCGGGCAUUGACUAGGAAGAGACUAUUUCCGUGAACAACAGGCGACUCUGAUUCAAUUCCGAUUAGGAGAUCGAUG